AUGGGAGAGGUGAAAGUAGACGACGAUGCGAUUCUAAAAUCCUUCUUCGCCGAGGUCGGUGAGGUUGAGAGGGACAACGAAGUCGUCAGGAUUCUCUCAUGCUUCAAGCUGAACCCGUUUGAGCAUCUAAACCUAUCUUUUGAUUCUUCCACCGAUGACGUUAAAAGGCAGUACAGAAAGAUAUCUUUGAUGGUUCAUCCUGACAAAUGCAAGCAUCCACAAGCACAGGAGGCUUUUGGAGCAUUGGCUAAAGCGCAACAGCUACUGCUUAACGACCAAGAAAGGGGUUAUAUUCUCACGCAAGUACAUGCUGCGAAAGAAGAGCUUAAGAUGAAGAGAAAGAAACAGUUGAAGAAAGAUACCGCCUCCAAAAUAAAGUCCCAGGUUGAUGAGGGAAAGCAUGAGCAAAUAUAUGAGCAAUCUGAAGAGUUUCAGAAGGAGCUUAAGUUAAAGGUCCGAGAGAUAUUAACAGACCAAGAGUGGCGUAGGAGAAAAAUGGCAAUGAGGAUAUCAGAAGAAGAGGGAAGACUGAAAAAGGAUGAAGCAGAACAAAAGGAGAUAUGGAAGAAAAAGCGCGAGCAUGAAGAACAGUGGGAAGGGACGAGAGAAAAAAGGGUAUCAAGCUGGAGAGACUUCCAGAAAGGAGGAAAGAAGGCCAAAAAGGGAGAGACGCGUCCUCCAAAACUGAAGACAGAGGAUCCGAAUAAGUCGUACGUUCAAAGGCCGGUCAAGAAAGGCUGA